AUGAACGAGCAACACUUAUCUAAUACACAUACAACAGCAUCACAAGAUAAUAAUAUUAUUUUAUUAAAUAUAUCUCGUAUGCAAGUAAAUAAAAUAUUACCUGAUCUUUUCAUCACACAAAAACUUGAUGAUACUUCCAUUGAACGAGGGAAAUUAUUAAAACUCGUUAUUAAAACAUCAAAAUCAUCGAAUGAAGUUGCUUGGUUCAAAUAUAAUGCUCUUCACAAUAAAUGUAAUCGAGCAAAAAAGCUUAAUAACACAAAAUACAAGGCAUAUUCUUAUUAUACCAAAUAUUUAAAUAUUGUUCCACAAUUAUCACAAUCAUCAAAUAAUAUAUCAACAUCAUUUGAUAUUAAAGUAUUUGAAAGUGAAUUAAAAUUUAUUGAAAUAUUACCUGAACAAAUAAAUUUAAUUGAAAAUGAUCAAUUAACGUUAUUAUGUGAAACAAAUCGUAGACCAAAAAUGGUUCAGUGGUUUAAAGAUGAGUUUAACAUUUCACCUGAAUUAGAUAAAUCAUUGAUUAUUUACAAUUUUGAUGAAAUAUUUGUAUUAAUUAUUAAUGAUGUAAAUGAAUUUCAUUCUGGCGUAUAUACUUGUUAUGUUGAAGAUUCUAUAAAAAGUACGUGUAUCGUACAAAUAGAAGAUCCUAAUUUACCAUCUAUUGAUUCAUCAUUUCCUUCGAAGCUGCAUGCAAAUGAACAAAUCGAAACAAUUUAUUGUAAAAUAAAUAAAGUUAAUAUAUCAUUAAAAUAG